UUUUUAAUUAAAGUCCAAAAAAAACGUCGCGCAAAUCGUUGCUAUUUGUUAUUAUUGUUUGUGCUUGUGCGCAUUGUUGGCCUUUGUGUUUGCCAUGGAAAUACUCUGAAUACCACACACACACAUACACACACACACGCACACAGAUACACAUGGAUACACAGAUAGAGCAUGUUCUGAGCUGAGUUUGUGGCUAGCAAAAUGGUCAAGUCGCUUGUCUCCAAGCUCCAAGCAUCCUCGAAUCUCUCGCUGGCCCAAACCUUCGGCCUUGGCGGCGCCAGCGGCCCGGAGGAGACGAAUUACGCAAAACAUCGCAAUGAUCCCGGUCGUUUCUUUGGGGAUGGCGUCCAGUUCAAGGCCAAGCUGAUUGGCAUUCUGGAGGUGGGCGAGGCGCGCGGCGAUCGCAUGUGCCAGGAGGCGCUGCAGGAUCUGAAGAUGGCAAUACGCGCCGCCGGCGAGCACAAGCAGCGCAUCAUCAUCCAUGUGACCAUCGAUGGGUUGCGGCUGCGCGACGAGAAGACCAGCGACUCGCUCUACCAUCAUCCCGUGCACAAGAUCUCGUUCAUAGCGCAGGAUAUGACGGAUUCGCGUGCGUUUGGCUAUAUAUUUGGAUCGCCGGAUAGCGGUCAUCGGUUCUUUGGCAUCAAGACGGACAAGGCGGCCAGCCAGGUGGUGCUGGCCAUGCGCGAUCUCUUCCAGGUCGUCUUCGAGCUGAAGAAGAAAGAGAUUGAAAUGGCGCGCCAGCAGAUCCAAGGCAAAUCCCUGCACGAUCAUGCCAGCCAGCUGGCCACCUUGUCCUCGCUGAAGGCUGGCCACGGCGAGCUCGCCUCCGGCAGCAGCAGCUCCGCGGCAGCAGCGCAUGCUUCCAAUCUCAGCAUGCUGGGCGCCGGCUCCUCGAACGGCGUCGGCCUCACGCGACUCGGUGUCAAUCUCGACGUGAACAAGGGGGCGGGCGGUGCGGCCAAGGAGAUCUCGCCGGAAUCCGUGGCGGACCUGGUCGAUCUGGAGCAGGAGCUGACAUCGCUGCAGCGUGGCAUCAGCCAAAUGGAGCGCAUUACGCCAAACGAACCAGCCAUAUCACAGGCCGGCGCCGGGCUGACCAAGUCGGCCAGCGAGGAUGAUCCCUUCGGCGACUCCUUCAUCUAUGUGCCCUCGUACAACAUCUUGCCGCCGCCACCCGACUCCGGACGCACACGCCACAAGCAGCCCAGCAAGACGCCGGAGAGCACAGCUCUGGACACGCUGCUCUCCCCGGUGCCUGGCGCCAGCAGCUCGCCGGCCAACAUGCAACAGGAUGACGAUGAUGGCUGGCUGCACGAGCUGCAGCAGCAGAACGAUGUCUUUGACACGACCAAGGUGACGGUCACGCCCACGCCCAUGUCGGCGGCAGCCGUGCUGGGCAGCCUGCCGAUGGCGCCGCUGGCGACCAGGGAAUCCUCGGCAACGCCCACGCAACAAAUCAGCGAAAUCUGCGCAGCGCCCGCAACGACAACAACAACAACAGCUGCCGCCGGCAACGAAGUGGGGUUAAGUGGGGCUCUGACCAGCCUGACAACGGCAGCUGCAGCUGCACCACAAGCAGAGGCAGAAGGGGCGACAACAACAGCAGCGGGAGCAGCGGUCAUGUCGGAGCCCAGCACGAGCACGAAUACCGUCGAGGAGGAUGCUAAUCCCGUGCUGCUGCCACGCGACACGGAUCCGUUUUCGCCCACGCGCAAGAAGAGCGAUCCGGAUCCCUUCCAGGACGGCGAUCUCUUUGCCAAGCUGGACGCCUUCGAGUUCGAUGUGCCACAGCCCACGGUCAGCACAGUUCCAGCUGCCAAUGUUUUCAAUGGGCCGCUCCAGGUGCAGCUGCCCCCGGAGCAGCAGCAACAACAGCAGCAGCAACAACAGCAGCAGCAGCAGCCGGACGGCUGGCAGGCGGAUAUCUCGCGCCUGGAGCCGGCGCCCGUGAGCAGCGUGCGUCAUCGUCCCACGCCCGUGGCCAGCGUUGUCAAUGUGGGCGGUCCGCUGGACGUUAUCUCGAGCAUUAGCAACAAGAAGAUGCCGCAUUUGUUUGGGCAGGCGCGCUUCUCCAAACGCGGAGACUCCUCCGCCGGCGUCGGCUCCAGCGUCAAUAUGCGUCGCCUGCAGGAGAGCGACUCGCUCAGCGAGAACGAGGCGGCGCCGGAGCCGCCGCCACGACCCGACUCCACGCCCUAUGCUGAGCCGCCGCCGCUGCCGCCCAAGAAGCAGUUCAGCGAUCUGGUCAUCAGGCCUACGCCCGCAGCGCCACCUGUUGGCCGCUACGAGUACUUGAACCAUGCCAGCAAUCAGCUGCGCCGCAGCGCCGACGCGCCGCCCAUCCCGUUGCCCUCGCGUCGCGUGGGCCGCUCCGACGGCUGCUUUCCGGGACCGGGACGACCGCGCAAGCCCGGCCACACGGAUGACGACUAUCUGGCGCCCUUGGGCGGCACGCCGCCGCCGCUGUUGCCGCCACCCACGCAGAGCAGCAGCAGUCGGGCGCGUCCGCAGCGGCAGGCGUCGCUCGGCCGGCCGCAGGACAUUUACGAGAACAAGGCCGAGAUUCUGCAGGCGGCACAGGCCGCCCACGCCCAGUCGCAGGCUCAGUCGCAGAAGGAGUCGGCCGCUUUGGCGCCGGACAUUACGCUGACGCAGCUGCUUACGCUGGGCAUGGACGAGCUGGCGCUAAAGCUGAACGUGCCCGCCAGCAAGCUGAGCACCAUGACCCUCGUCCAGCUGACGGCCUAUCUGUCCGAGUAUCUGCAGCUAAGCGGCGACCAAACGCAGCCCAAAUCCCGUGCGAGUCCGGCUCCAGCCGCCGCCGUUGGCUCGUCGGCCUCGGCGGUGUUCAAGGUGAACUUUGAUCAGCAGACCUCGUUCGUGGCCAAGUUCGACGAUACCUUCGGUGAGGAUGUGGGCCAGGAUGCGUUUGUGGCCAAUUUUGCCAACUUCAAUGAGGCGCCCGCACUCUCCGCUCCCGCUGUGCCGCCCGCGGAUCGUUACGCCGUCUUUCGGGAGAUCAUCGACCAGGAGCUGCAGCAGCAACAGCAAGAGACGGAUCUUAUGGGCGAUCUAACGCCACCGCCAGUGGACGAAGCCCAACAGGAGCAACUGCAGCAGCAGCAACAGCAGCCGCUGGCACAGCUGGAAAUUGAUGUGGCCGAGCUGGAGAUGGAGCCGGCACCGCCCAAGAUAGACACCAAGAUUACCGAGGUAGUCGCCCAGGCCAAGGAUCGCUAUGCGGCGCUGCGCGACAUUAUUUUGGUGGAGAAUCUCUUUGACAAGCCGCCGCCGGCGAGCGCGGCAGCUGCCGUUGCCGAGAAGGAUCUGCUGCAGGAUCUGUUCAGUGAUGAGUUCAACGAGGAUCAGGACAUACGCCAAAUCAUGGACAGCAGCCACGAUAGACGCGGCCUUGUCGACAGCCGCGGCCUGCCCGCUGAGCCCUCAUCCUCGGCCCUGACCGUUGCCGAUGAUGACGACGACGACGAUGACGAGGAUGCGGGCGGCGAGAGCAGCAUGGACAGCAACGAGAAGGAUGCGGAGCCUGUCAGCGCACAGGAUCAGUACGAGAAACUAUCGACUAGCGCCGAGAAGCCCGAGUUCAAGUCGGAGGAGCAGCUGCCGCCCAAGCAGGACAACAAGUUCCUCACCGUCGUCAGCGCGACGAGCUGUGCCGGCAGAGAUGACAUCGAAAUCGACGAGCUAAUGCAGCGCGCCAUCUCCAAUCUAUCGCUGGACUCGCGCGAUCGCAUUUCCCCGGCCACAUCCUCGGCGGCGCCAUCGCGCGGCCCCGCCCACAGUCUGCACACGCCCUCGCAGUUUAAUGAUGUGAGUACCUCGCCCAUUCCGCUCCAGAAAUCGCCGGCACCGCCGCUGAAUCAGGCGGCGGGUGUCUCGCCCGUGGCCUCGCAGCUGUCCGCCGUGUCGCAGCUAAUUGACACGGCCACCAAGCAGAUGCAGAGCGAACGCGACCGGGAUAAGCCGUCGUGGGCCACUUUUGACUCGCCCAAGGUGGCCAUCGGGCCGGGCGCUGGCAAGGGCAAGGCACGUCUCACGCUGCCGCCGCCGCCCGCCUCGAAUACAUCACAGCAGGACACCGCUGAGUCGCCGUGCAGCUCCGAUCCGCGCGACGAUGCCGGCGGCUGGUCCAAGCAGCAGCAGCAGCGCCGCUGGGCUAAAAAGGAACGCCAGCAGACCUCCUCCUCUUCGCGCGACCUCAGUCCCUGGGACGACGAGACGCCCGACUAUCUCAAGCAGCAGCGCCGCGGCCUGCCGCCGCCCACACAGCUGCCACCGCAUUCGCAUGCCCAUGGCUACUACAUGCGCCACGCCCGACGCCUCAACUCCUGCGACGAGGACUACGACUACGACGCCGAGUUCUGCGCUCGCCGAGAUCGGGAACAGACGCAACGCAAAUUCAAGCACGGACUCUCACGCAGCAGGGACAACUUUGAACUGGACUCGCCCAGCUGGUACCAUCAUCCGGCACAUCACACCUGGUCCCCGCAGGAGAUUGAGCAGGGCGUGCGCGCGCGUUCCUUUGAGCGCAGCGCCUACGAGCGCUCCAGCUACGGCCCGCCGGCGCCCAUGUACGACAAGCGCGGCCAGCCGCUGCCACGGGAGCGGGAGCGGGAACGCGAACGCUCCAAGUAUCGGGAGCGCGAGUACAGGGACUAUGCGCGUCCGGGCUAUGACUUUGACUACGAGAACGUCUACGAGGAGCGACGCUCGCCCAUGGGUCUGGGCUAUAAAUCGCGGCCAGACUAUCUGUACGAGCGGGACAGGGACAGGGACAGAGAGAGGGAACGGGAGCGGGAGCGCAAGUCAUUCGAUCGCGAGAGCGUCGAGUCCUUCGAGAGCUCGACACGACGGCGACGCAGCUUCGGCAGCGGCGGCGACGCCUACGGCAGCCUGGACAGUCGCGACGACUAUCGCGAACGGGAUCGGGAGUUGAAGACGCGAUCGCUGCGCAAACCGGCCACGUCGUCUGCCAAGCUGCGCGUCGCCGGCGACAUUGACUACGAACAGGACUCGGAGCAGGACUUUCAAAGGCAACGCAGCCUGCAGCGACCCAGCCAGCUGGGAGGCGACGUGGUGCCAGGCGCACCACAGCGCUUGCGCAAGAGCAGCGGCUCCAGUCCCUGGGAUGGUGAGGAGCCCACGCUACCUGGCCAGAAGUCCUGGAAGCGUCCAGCAAGCGCUGCGGAAACGGAGCGCCGCCUGGCCGAGAGCCGACGUGCCGCGGCGCUGGCGCAGACGCCCUCCGAUGGCGAGAAGGAUCGCAGAUUCCGCAAGAAGGCGCGCGCACGCAGCACCAAGGAUUUGGCCACCGUGGGCGCACGAUAUGGCAGUGGGCGUGGCGUGCAACGCGACAAUUACGACUACAUCAGUUGCCAGCGCAACGAUAACGAUGACGACGACGAUGACGACGAGGACUAUGUGGAUGAUGAGCCGCCCACAGACGAGGAUAAAUUUGAGCGUCUGAAUCGACGUCGCCACGAGAUGCAUCAGCGUAUGCUGGAGAGCGAGCGCAGGCAGCAGGAGCGGCACGCGCCCGGCCUGGCCAAGCUGCCUGGACAGAAUCGGACACGCAGCACAGCCGGCGGCGGCGGUGGCGGCGUUAAUAGCGACUAUGGCUUCGUGGACAGCUACGAGCAAACGCCCACGCCCCGAUCGAAUGCCAGCAGCACUGCGGUCAUGAUGAGCGGCGGCGAAUCAUCUGCUGGCGUUGGCGGCGGAGUCGGCGGUGGCACCAAAUUCAAUUUUGACGAUGGCUUCGAGUCGGACUUCAAUCAGAGCUCGCCACCGCCAGCGCCCGCUGGCACUGCGUCCAGUUGCAAUUCCACGCCCGCUGGGCUCAUCUCGGCUAGCAGCACGCUCGGCUCCAAAUCGCUGUUUCGCUUCUCCAAUGACUUCUCGGAGCGUGAGAAGCUGCAGCAACAGCAGCAGCAACAGCGGGAUGGCAACUUCGAGCUGGAGGCGGCGCCCAGCUCGACGCCCCCGAUAACCCAGAAGCUGCGUUUCGAUGAUAACGUAAAGGUGUCGCAGUUCGAUGAUGCCGCUUUCGAGGAUGACUUUGCAAAGGCGUCCUUCGACUUUGACAAGGAGCAGUCGUCGCCGGCAGCGCCCUCUGCCUCGAGCCGGAAGCAGAACAUGCGCAGCAGUCGGCUGCAGCAGCGUCAAGAGCUAAUCAAGAAAUCCGAAUCAGUGAAUAUAUUCGCCAAAAAACAGGAGGAUCCCUUCGAGGAUGACGAAUUCUUCAAGUCACCCGACGAACCGGUGCUGCCCGGCCAAGAGGACGACGCCAACAGCGCGGAUGCCAACAAGUUCCAGUGGAACGAGGACAACAACUUUGCCAAGUUCGAUGAAAACAUGUGAUUUGAUCAACUCUUCGCCAAGGCAUCCAGCACAGCCAUCGCAGAGCAGCCGGAGAGCGACGGCGGCAACUACGCCGAAAUCGAUGUCAUCAACGAUGGCGACUUCUACUACUUGACCAAUCUGAAUCACUACUAUCAGGAGCAGCGGCAGCAGGCGCUGCACCAGCAGCGCCAGCAUGACUACAUUAAUGUGCCCCGGAUGCAAACCAAAGCCACAUCCACCACUAACAGUCCCUGGCACGAGCUCCACAACAACAACAACAAUAAGAACAAGUCCAAGUGCAGGGUCAAGCUAAAGUCGCUGCAGCUGCUGCGCCAGCCAAGCAAAUGGAAACUGAAACGCUCCUUCGAUGAGAUUGUCAAGUGUCUGAUUAUAGCCUCAUCCGAGCAUGUUUACGAUUACGAUGUCCUUUGGUAGGGUGGUGUCGCCAAGCGCCAACUCGGCGAGCAAGUCGUAUUCCCCCGUCUACUUCUAAUCCAAUAAUUGUCUGUCUGUUUGUCUAGUCAAAUUUAUUGCCAUAUACUAUAUAUAUCUCCUAAACAAUAGACUGUGAUUUUAUGUACAUUCUGUUUGGUCAAAACGAAAAGUUAGAACGACUUGCUACGACGAGGCUACCCAACGCUAGAGGGCGCUGCAGAACAUCAGCUGUUAUUAUUAGCUAAUAAUAUGAAUUCAAGUCAAGUUUGUAUAUAUAUUGAGAGAUUUGCAACUAUUCAACAAAACUAACCUAGUUAUUUAUGCUAAACUUAAUUCGAUAACAGAUAACGAUAACGAUUACGAUUACGAUAACAAUUACGAUAACUUAUAUGAUCUGUUCAAUUGAACGUUUGUUACGUACAUUAUUCGAAUCCAAAUACUCAUCCUCCAAGUAACGAAAGCAACUAAUUAAUGCCUAUGCUAAAUGUCGUCUAGCUUAGUAUUAUUAUUAUUACUAUAACUAUUAUCAUCAAGAAUAACUAUCCAAAGUGCAUACUACAUAUAAAUCGUCUAACAUACCAUACGAAUUGUAACUAGCCUAAAGUGUUUAUUAUUUAACUACAUAUAUAGACAUAAUACACACUAUAUUAAAGCGCCUAUAACAAGACGAACAACUGAACGAACAACAGGUAACACAGGUAACCAAGCAGCUAUCAAAUAUUGAGAUAUAUAUACCUACUAUACCAGAUAUAAAUUUAUACGAUACGAAUACAAUAGUUAAUAUUAUUAUGGUAUAUUUGUUCUAUCAAUUAAAAU